GGCAUGCCGAUUGCAAUCCGUUUUCGUCUUCCUCAGUAGCUCACAGAAAUAUGGGACGAGCUCUGCAUCUGGAUCGAAACGCGCAUUGUAGACAAUCAGAAGAAUACCCACCUGCAUUCUAUUCGAGGGAUGUGAGACCUCAUCCGAUCCCCCUACCGACACCCACUACCCUCUCAACGCCCCUCCUCCUCCUCCUCCUCACCCUUCCUCCUCCACCCGUGUAGAGAUUCCAAGCAUCUGUCUUUUUGUGGGCUACCGUGGAUGCCUUACAAAGAUAGCGCACAAGCGGUACGCGUGCAGACGCAGGGCUCGCAAACGGGCCCGGGAGGAGAGGGACCUUAGUGUGGCAGUUUUCUAACCCGCCUACUCAUCGUCCUCCUCUCCUUUGUCUUCCUCCUUGCCUUUCGUCCUCCUUGUCCUAUUCCUUUUCUUCUUCCCACUCGCCGUCCUGUCGCUCUUCUCCUUUCCCUUCUCUGUUUGGGGAUCGCUAGCAUUGAACACCUUACCUCGCUUCCGAGAACACCUCUCUUCUCCUACACGGCUUUUCCAGUCGGUCCUCUCCCAUUCCAUCCCUUCCUCCUGCAAGCACACUCUGCGGCUGGGUGACGGGAAUACCCGCUCCCGUGCCUGUCAGUGCUGUCACCACCUCCUCCUCCUCCUCCUCCUCCUCCUCCUCCUCCUCCCUCGGCGAGCGCUGCGUCCAUCACAUCGUCCUCAGAUCACAGGGGCAGCUGUUGGGUCCUUAGACAUAGCCAGACUUACGUCAGCGCCACGUGGAAGGAACACAGACUACGUGGGUGUUGCCCCAUCAGAUCACUGCUUUGGGCAGGUGUUACCAUCUCAGCGCCGUCCUUGUCUUCCGCCUGUCGCGUUCUUCGUCCUCAUGGUCCAGGGCUUUGUUCCAGUCGUGCGCUUGUUGUCCGGGUCCUGAUUUUGCUCCCACGGAAGCUUAGGAACCGGCUCCAGGCGCGGGUUCGGCUGGUCGUCCACUGGCUCGUGGCCAGUUGGAGCGGCUAAGACAGAGAAGGCAGUAAAGGAGGAGGAGGAGGACGAGGACAGGACAGAAAGUAAAGAAGGAGGAGGAAAGAGAAGAGAGGAGAGUGUAGAAGAGGAGGAGGAGGAGAGGCGGAAAGUCUCCAAGCUAGGCUUGCAGCAGCGAUGGAGUAUUAUCCGGCAUGGGGUCGAAACCAGUUGUUCGUUCCUGGUCCAACCAAUAUCCCCGAGCCGGUCCUGCGGGCCAUGAAUCGAGGGAACGAGGACCAUCGCUCCCCAGCCUUUCCGAAGCUGAGUAAAUCCGUCCUCGAAGACGUCAAGCGGUUAUUCAAAACCACCACCGGCACCUCAUUCAUCAUUCCUUGCACCGGCACGGGUGCUUGGGAAAGUGCUUUGACGAACACACUAUCACCAGGGGACAAAAUCAUCUCUUUUGAGAUGGGGCAAUUCAGCCUACUGUGGAUUGACCAGAUGAGGCGUCUGAACUUUGAUGUUGACGAGGUGGAAUGUGAAUGGGGUGCCGGAGUGGAUCUCAAUGUUCUCCGGAGGAAACUGGAGGCUGACAAAAUGAAGAUGGUGAAGGCAGUUUGCGUCGUACACAACGAGACAGCUACUGGGGUGACCAACAACAUAGGCGCAAUCCGUGCUGUGCUCGAUGCAUGCAAUCAUCCAGCCUUGUUAUUGAUUGACGGGGUGAGCUCAGUGGGUGCGAUUGAUUUCCGCAUGGACGAGUGGAGAGUCGAUGUGGCGUUGACGGGGUCACAGAAGGCACUCUCCCUGCCAACAGGACUGGGAAUUGUCAUUGCGGGGCCAAGGGCUAUGGAAGCCUAUAAGACAGCAACAAGCACACGUGUAUUCUUUGACUGGGGUGACUACAUUAAGUUCUACGAGGCAGGCACGUACUGGCCAUACACACCCUCAUCGCAGAUGCUGUACGGUCUUCGUGCGGCCCUUGAUCUUCUGUUUGAGGAAGGUCUGGAGCAGGUGUUUGCCAGACAUUCUCGCCUUGGAGAGGCCACCAGGCGUGCAGUCAAGGCUUGGGGACUGGAUAUUUGCACAAAGCGGCCAGAGUGGCACAGUGAUACUGUUACAGCAGUUGUCGUGCCGAGCCACAUCAACAGCGCCGAUGUAGUCAGGACAGCAUGGAAGAAAUACAACCUCAGCCUUGGAGUUGGUCUCAACAAAGUGGCAGGCAAAGUCUUCCGUAUUGGGCACCUCGGAAGCAUGAAUGAAGUUCAGCUUCUGGGAGCCCUUGGAGGUGUGGAAAUGACACUCAGGGAUGUUGGCUAUCCCGUCGUGCUGGGCAGUGGGGUCGGUGCGGCAUGCGAAUACCUUCGACUCAACACCCCACUGAUCCCGUCUCGACUGUGAGAUGGUGACGAAUAUUGGUCUUGAAGGGCAUCAUUCAGCACCCUAGAGGGAGGUCAAAGGCUGCGUCAGCUUGUGAGGGGCAGCUGUGGCAUCAUCUGUGGAGCGGGCACCUCCCUGGACUGCGUUGUUGGGGGCAAAUGCUGUUUAGCGGUCAGCUACCAACUGUCGUCUUGGGAUGCGGCCCUCUUGGACAAGUUAGUGUGACAUGUGUGACCACCUAGCUGCCGAUUGCAGACAGAGGGGCAGAACUUGUGGAGGAGUGAAAGGGGGAUCCUCCCCUUUGGAUCUCUAGUGUGUAGCAAAUGGGACUGGCUGCUGAUUGCAGGCAGACUGGCUGGUCUUGGGAGGAGUGAAAGAGGAUUUCUAGAGAAAGUGUGUGGGUUCACAUGUCUUUUGGUCGUUUUCUUAUCUGGUCUGUCCAGUCGCUCAACAAGUGUUCCAGCAAACCUUCAGCUGCAUCCGAUGUCCAGCGAGGACCCUUCUGCAGCAGGCCAGAGGCUUGGUAUGACCUGAAGCACCUUCUGACGUCAGGCAAGAAGUCGAGAACCCUUCGGCAGAAGGCCAGGCAAUGGUUUAGUACGGUCCCAAGAACUGUAUGGUCAGAAAGAUAGGCCCUCCUAAAUUCAGGUGGAGACCCAUCUGCCUGGUGGUCCCAGAGAGACCCGAUUUCUCUGACGUCAUGGAGGACUCGUAUGGUCUGUCGAAGAAAACCAUCCCAGGAUCCAGGAGCAGCAAGAAGACCGCAGGACGCAUCCAUCUCUGCAGCUACCUAUACAUGUAUAGUGGAAUUGUGGCAAUUUCCUUGCUAAGCAUUGCUCCAUAGCUUCACUAGAUACCCAUGUAUGGAGCCACUCAAUGCCUAUGCCUGGGUCCUCAGGCAGGAUAAGAGAAAAAACACCCAUUCAUACAUGCCUUCUCUGGAAACUUGCAAUAGAUUUGUGAACACAUCUUUCAGCGAGGGCGAUCCAGAUGGACAAUUUCUCUGUACGGCAUACUGCAUAGAGUGGAUCUGCCUGGCAUGUGAAGGGAGGCCUGGGGGCAAGCAGACGCUUGCUUCUCCCUUGAUCUGUUUGCACCCCAAGGCCAGCAGGAAGUGCGGUUGCGAUGGAGCAGAAAAGAUUGCCAUGAUGUAGACUCCGCAUACAACAAUGGCAAAGAAAACUAACCUAUGAGGGAGGGAAGUUCCAGUAAAUCUUAACGCAGUCUAGACUCAGCAAACAGGCGCGGCAUAGAUUUGGCGAACAAGGGCAUUGGAAACGAACAUAUGUGGGGGGGUCGGGGUGCCGGGGGCAGAGAUUCUGUAAGCCUGGCAUAGCGAUAGCAUAGGCCGAGCAAACAGCAGCACCGAAAUCUAGCCAUCUGCUCCGCGUAGGCUCGGCAAAUGAGGGCAUAGAAAACUAACAUGUGGGAGGGAUGAGCUUGCAUAGGCGCAGCAGCAUAGGGCCAGGAAGCAAUGGGCACAGAAACCUAGUGAUAUGCUGUCCUGGAUGUGCACCGUAAGAGCUAGUUUGAAGGCAGACGGUGAAGCUGAGAUCAUGGGAUUCAGCCAUCACAUCAGCAAGAAAAGCAGGUAAUCUUAGUUGAAUGGGAAACACCAUGAAGAUCGAAGAGGGACAACGGAUCUAUAUCUUUGCCCACCUGUGGGAUGAUUCUUGUAUCACUGUUGUGGGUUGUGGGAAUUACCCUCUCCAAGCGUAUUGGACCUCUUGGUCAAAAAUCUGAGUUCGGACAGAUUUUGAAAGAAGAAGAAGAAAAAAGACGUGGAUUAAACCUUCAACAUUGUCGAGGCUGUUCCUCAGAGGCAGGCAUGAGAACACACAAGCCGCGACUCUAGUCUAUGACACCC